AUGACAGUAUCAUUUGCAGCUGGCGCAAGGAAAGUCGCACCUGUGGACCCACUGUUUGAGCGAUAUUCCUUGUGGUACAAGCUGCAGCGAAUUGUAGCAUGGCUACAUAGAUUCUGUUCAGCAUGCAGAAAAAAGUGCUCAUACCAGGACUCUAACCUCAGCGUUAUGGAGAUCCAAGCAGCAAGGAUGGUUAUCAUCAGACAAGUGCAAAUGACCUGCUUUGCUGAAGAGUUGGACAUAUUGAAGAGAAGAAAAAAUUUGAAGGCAAGCCGCCUUUAUCGUUUGGAACCCCACUUGGAUGACCAGGGCAUGUUACGUGUAGGUGGACAGAGAGUUGAUGAAUAUAUCAACCAGAAUUCUAAAAGGCCGCUGAUCUUACCGAAAGAUCAUCCUGUAACCGCCUUAAUAGUUCAAGACAUUCAUGUGUUCCAUGCGAGGCACUCUGGCAGAGAACACACCUUAGCAGAAUUACGGAGGAAAUAUUUGAUAGUGGCGGGUAGGCCCUUAGUCGACCGAAUAUUACGUAACUGUUUCACCUGCCGGAGAGUAAAUUGCAAACCCCUGACUCAGAGCACCAGGGCUGUCCAUAUUGAACCCUUAAAGCCUCUAGAUGCUAGCACCUUUCUCAACGCACUUAUGUGCUUUAUAGCCCGUAGAGGAACCCCUAUGAAGAUCUACUCCGAUAGAGGAACAAACUUCUUGAGAGCUGAAAAGGAGCUCCGAGGAACAGUUCAUGCCUGGUCUAGGAACAAGUCCAUUGAUGACACAUGUAAACAGAGGGGCAUUGAGUGGGUUUUCCAACCCCCUGCAGCAUCCCACAUGGGAGGCGUGUGGGAACGGCAGAUUCAAACCAUACGGAAGAUUCUCUCUUCGAUCAUAGGCAUGCAGAGAAUAGAUGAUGAUCGACUACGAACCUUAUUUUGCGAAGUAGAAGCCACAAUGAACAGCCACCCUCUUACCGCGAUCCCGGGCGAUGUCACAGAACCAGAAGCUUUGACCCCUAACCAUGCCCUGAGGAUGAGUGUAGGAGAUGGUAUCCAGGUGCAGACAGAUGACAAUGCUUCACUUCACAACACAUAUGGGCGAGCCUGGAUCCAUGCACAAGAAGGAGACCUUGUCCUCAUUGUCGAACAACAUACUCCCAGGAAUCAGUGGAGGCUAGGGAGGGUGAUGGAGGCUAUAGCCGGUGAAGAUGGCCUCGUGAGAAAGGCCAAAGUCCGGACUAGUUCUGGAAUCCUCGUCAGACCCAUAGUGAAGUUAUGCCUCUUAGAAGCAUCAUUAUCCUACCGGACGGUCCCCGACAUGGUCAUUCCUGAGAGCGGAAACUACAGCACUACGAGCCGUUAA